GGCCAAUUUCACCGACAAAACUAAACGCGAUUAGUUCACGCUAAACUCAGUUUACGCACAUAACUGAGUUUAGGGCCAUAGUUUGCAUUUCACCGACGUCAAUUAAACGCAGUUAAAGCUAAACGCGGUUUAAAUUCUAAACGCCCAAUUUUCUACGUUUAGCUUCGUAAAACCGAGUUUAGAGAGCUGUCAAGUGUCAACUGUCAACAGUGUCCAUGUCUUAAGUUAUAUAUUUUCAUACUAUUUGUAUUUUGUAAAGUAAUCUUUGCUGAUCACUAUGAAAAGAGCAUUGGCAUUAGCUUUUGACGAUAGUGAUACUGAUGAGGAAUAUAUUGUUCGUCGUCCAAGAUGGAUACGAGAAAGAGAACAGCACUUCGACACCCUUGAUGAUAAGGACUUUGUAACAAGAUUUCGUCUCACGAAACCCACAGUUCUGUCUGUAUUGGAAUCGAUUGAAGACAAGCUUGAGUUUCCUACAAAUAUAAAUUACAGUGUAGCUCCUAUUAAUCAGUUGCUAUGUGCUUUACGUUUUUAUGCUACUGGGUGCUACCAAGUAACUGCUGCUGACUUAUGUGGAUUUAGCACAUCUACUGCACACAGAAUUGUGCACAGAGUUAGCGCUGCAAUCGCUUCGCUCCGAACACAGCACAUUUACUUUCCGGAGCUACCAGAUGAGAUCCGAGACACACAAAGAGAAUUUUAUGAAAGAGCCAGGUUUCCAUGUGUUAUAGGUGCAAUCGAUUGCUCUCAUGUGAAGUUCAUUAAAUCACCAGGUGGAGAGAAUCCAGAGAUUUUUCGGAACAGAAAACACUAUUUUUCUUUGAAUGUUCAAGCCAUAUGUAAUGCCAAAUUGGAAUUUACAGAUGUGGUUGCUCGAUGGCCAGGGAGUACACAUGACUCAUAUAUUUUCAGUAAUUGUUAUAGAAGAGCUAUGUUUGAACAGGGCCGGUAUGGAAAUGCUGUGCUUGUGGGAGAUGCAGGCUAUGCCUGUAACAAUUAUAUGAUGACUCCAUUGGAUCAAUGCAAUACUGAGGCUGAAAAUUUGUACAAUGAGUCUCAUAUAAGGACCAGAAAUUGUGUAGAGCGAUUGUUUGGAGUCUGGAAAAGACGUUUCCCAGCGAUGGCAAUUGGAUUAGGUGUUUCAGUGCAGCAUUCAUUUCCAAUAAUUAUUGCCACAGCUGUAUUGCACAAUAUUGCAAGGAGAAGUGGUGAAACAACACCACCAGAUGAUAAUAUAAUAAUUAAUCCAGCCUCUUGGGAUGCUAUAUUAGCUGAUGGCAAUAUUAAUAUUGCGAAUAUGAAUGCUGCACGAACACAAAGAACAAAUCCAAAUCAUAGAAGACGUCAUGAAUUUGUAACAAACUAUUUUGCCCAAUUGGAAAGAUAAAUUCUAGAGUCUAUAUUAAUAAUGACCGCAGGCUGUCGACCAUAACAUAUUUCAGGCGCACUUUGGAAUACUUUGGACACUUUGCCCUGGAAAAACAUCAUAUUAUUAUGUGAGGUGAUCUGCGCUAAGGAUUGUGACCCUCAUUAAUGGGGAUGAAGAUGCCACAUGUCACUCUCUUGUUUACCGAACAAACUUAAAGGAAAUUAAAAUUAUAUAACAUAAGGAAUAUGCCAAUUUCCUUAUAGUCUAUAGUCAUAGUAGUUAUAGUUAUAGUAGUUAUACUGAUUGAUAUAUAAUAUAUUAAAAUAAAGAUAAUUUUAUUGCAAAUGCAAAGAUAAAAUAUUGCCUUUGAAAAAACGUUCAUGACUUACUAAUUGCCAGGCUUUAAAAUUUCAAAAUUUUAAUUAAAAAUAGCCUUGACCAUAUUUUUAUAGCCAAUACAAUUGCAAUUUGUUUUUAGGGUUCCAUACCUCAAAAGGAAAAACGGAACCCUUAUAGGAUCACUUUAUUGUCUGUCUGUCUGUUGCUGGUUCUUCUCGGUAGGAAAGGCAUUCUGAAUCAGUGGUAGAUGCUCUA